GGCGCUCCUUUUGCUUUUCGGUGUGGCUCCGAGUUCGCCUGAUUUUGCCUGUUAAUGGUUAGAACGGUCUGCGCGUCCAGGAUGGAGCCGCUGGAGGACCUGGGCCGGCUGAUAGAGAAGAGUUUCGGCGAGGAGGCUGUGCCGCCGGCAGAGCGAUUUCAGAAGGUGGAAGCAUCCUUUUCUAAAGCAGUUCUGAGCAGAGGAAUGGAUAACCGGUACCUGGUGUUAGCAGUCCAUAUUGUACAGAAUGAAGAGGGAAACCAUGAAAAGCACCUAAGCAUCACUGCUUCCCAGUCGCUAGAAUGUGAAGAACUGUGCAUCCUUAGGAAUGACUGGUGCUCUGUACCAGUAGAGCCGGGGGACAUCAUCCAUUUGGAGGGAGACUGCACAUCUGAUACUUGGAUAAUAGAUGAAGAUUUCGGAUAUUUGAUCCUAUACCCAGACAUGUUGAUUUCUGGCACAAGCAUAGCCAGUAGUAUUCGUUGUAUGAGAAGAGCUGUCCUAAGUGAAACUUUUAGGCGCUCUGAUUCAGCCACACGCCAAAUGGUGAUUGGUACAGUUCUCCAUGAAGUAUUUCAAAAAGCAAUAAGUGAUAGCUUUGCCCCAGAAAAGCUACAAGAACUUGCUAUUCAAACCGUUCAAGAAAUAAGGCAUCUGAAAGAAAUGUACCGCUUAAAUCUGAAUCAAGAUGAAAUAAAACAAGACGUAGAGGAGUAUCUGCCUUCAUUUUCUAAAUGGGCUGGAGAUUUCAUGUGUAAACAUACUUCAGCUGACUUCCCGCAGAUGCAGUUCUCUCUGCCAAGUGAUGGUAGUAGCAAUAAUUCAACAUGUAAUAUUGAGGUCGUAAAUGCGCUGGAUAUUGAAGAAAGCAUUUGGUCCCCUAGGUUUGGAUUGAAGGGCAAAAUAGAUGUUACAGUUGGUGUGAAAAUACAUCGAGGAUGUAAAACGAAAUAUAAGAUAAUGCCACUGGAACUUAAAACUGGCAAAGAAUCAAAUUCUAUUGAACACCGUAGUCAGCUUGUUCUGUACACACUGCUAAGCCAAGAGAGAAGAGCUGACCCAGAGGCCGGCCUGCUCCUCUACCUCAAGACUGGCCAGAUGUACCCUGUGCCUGCCAAACAUCUUGAUAAAAGAGAAUUAUUAAGGCUAAGAAACCAGAUGGCAUUUUCUUUGUUUCACCGAAUUAGCAAAUCUGCUACUGAGAAGGAGAAGACAAAGCUUGCUCCUUUGCCACAAAUAAUUGAGGAACAGCAAACCUGUAAAUAUUGUUCCCAAAUAGGCAACUGUGCUCUUUAUAGCAGAGCAGUUGAACAACAGAUGGACGACAGUUCAGUCCCGAUUGGCAUGCUGCCCAAAAUAAAAGAAGAAACUCAGCAUCUGAAGCCUACACACUUAGAGUAUUUCAGUCUUUGGUGUCUAAUGUUAACCCUGGAGUCACAAUCAAAGGAUGAUAAAAAGAAUCACCAAAAUAUAUGGUUAAUGCCUGCUUCAGAAAUGGAGGAGAGUGGCAGCUGCAUUGGAAACCUGAUUAGAACAGAACACGUGAGAACCGUUUGUGAUGGACAGUAUUUACAUAAUUUCCAGCGUAAAAAUGGUGCCAUACCUAUCACAAAUCUAAUGGCAGGUGACAGAAUUAUUUUAAGUGGAGAAGAGAGAACACUGUUUGCUUUGUCUAGGGGAUAUGUGAAGGAGAUUAACAUGACAACAGUAACCUGUUUAUUAGACAGGAACUUGUCAGUACUCCCGGAAUCAACUGUGUUCAGAUUGGACCAGGAAGAAAAAAGUUGUGAUAUUGAUACCCCGUUAGGAAAUCUUUCUAAAUUGAUGGAAAACACUCAUGCCAGCCAAAAACUUCGAGAUUUAAUCAUUGACUUUCGCGAACCUCAGUUUAUAUCCUACCUCAGUUCUGUUCUUCCACAUGAUGCAAAGGAUACAGUUGCCAGCAUUCUAAAAGGUUUGAACAAGCCUCAGAGGCAAGCAAUGAAAAAGGUACUCCUUUCCAAAGACUACACCCUCAUCGUGGGUAUGCCUGGGACAGGAAAAACAACUACAAUCUGUACUCUUGUAAGAAUUCUCUAUGCCUGUGGUUUUAGUGUUUUGUUGACCAGCUAUACACACUCUGCUGUCGACAAUAUUCUUUUGAAGUUGGCGAAGUUUAAAAUAGGAUUUUUGCGCUUGGGUCAAACUCAGAAGGUACAUCCAGAUAUCCAGAAAUUUACAGAGGAGGAAAUUUGUAGAUCAAAGUCCAUUAAAUCCUUAGCCCUUCUAGAAGAUCUCUACAGCAGUCAACUUAUAGUUGCAACAACAUGUAUGGGAAUAAACCAUCCAAUAUUUUCUCGUAAAAUUUUUGAUUUUUGUAUUGUGGAUGAAGCCUCUCAAAUUAGCCAACCGAUUUGCCUAGGACCACUUUUUUUUUCACGGAGAUUUGUGUUGGUGGGGGAUCAUCAGCAGCUUCCUCCCCUGGUGCUAAACCGUGAAGCAAGAGCUCUUGGCAUGAGUGAAAGCUUAUUCAAGAGGCUGGAGCAGAAUAAGAAUGCUGUUGUACAGUUAACUGUGCAGUACAGAAUGAACAGUAAAAUUAUGUCCUUAAGUAAUAAACUGACAUAUGAAGGAAAGCUGGAGUGUGGAUCGGAAAAAGUAGCCAAUGCAGUGAUAAACCUACCUAACUUUAAAGAUGUAAAGCUGGAAAUGGAGUUUUAUGCUGAUUAUUCUGAAAAUCCUUGGCUGAUUGGAGUAUUUGAGCCGAACAAUCCUGUUUGUUUUCUUAAUACGGACAAGGUUCCAGCACCAGAACAAGUUGAAAAGGGUGGUGUGAGCAAUAUAACAGAAGCCAGACUCAUAGUUUCCCUGACCUCAAUCUUCAUUAAGGCUGGAUGUAAUCCCUCUGCUAUUGGUAUCAUUGCACCAUACAGGCAGCAGUUAAAGAUCAUCAACGAUUUAUUGGCGCAUUCUUCUCUCGGGAUGGUCGAAGUUAAUACGGUAGACAAAUACCAAGGAAGAGACAAAAGUAUCAUUCUAGUAUCUUUUGUUAGAAGUAAUAAAGAUGGAACUGUUGGUGAACUCUUGAAAGAUUGGCGACGUCUUAAUGUUGCUAUAACCAGAGCCAAACAUAAACUGAUUCUCCUGGGAUGUGUGCCCUCACUAAACCGCUAUCCUCCUUUGGAGAAGCUACUUUAUCAUCUACACUCAGAAAAAUUAAUCAUUGAUCUUCCAUCAGAAGAACAUGAAAGUCUUUGUCAUGUAUUGGGUGAUUUUCAAAGAUAAAGCACUGAUUUCCUUGCUUUUUUCAUACUAGCAUAGAGAUCUCCUAGAAUUAUUUGUAAUUUGGAUAUGCUGUAAAAUCAGUGCCGGGUUAGACUGUGAAGAUAACUUUUAUUCCAAGGGUAUGAAAUGAUAUACUCUGUUCAGAGUUCCAGAUUUUUGUUCUAUUUUUUGGGGUAUAAUUUUGUUAAAUAUAAAGUUCUAUCACCAUACAAAAUUUAACACAGUAUUUAUUUUUUCACUACAGGUAUACCCAAAACUGAAAAGUCUAAAUUUAUUGUUACUAUAAAUAUGUUUUUGUGUAAUCUAGAAAGAGUUUGAUAAAUUUUACCAGCUUUAAAGAUGAAUUAACUUUUGGAUCUGAGGUUUAAACUUUUAUGUGUAAAAUUUCAAGACUAAUUUGAUUUCGUAGAUUUUUAUCAUAUUUUAUUUGAAAGAUUAGGUAAAGAAAAUUGAUUUGCUUUUAUUAUUUAAGCACAGUCUUGUGAUAAUGAGAACAUAGGUGUGAUUCUUUUCUGUAUUUUGAGGUCCCUGAUCCAAAGGCCAUUUUGCUGGUUUUUUCCCUUGACUUGUGCUUUCUUAGAUAUAUUUUCACUUUAAACCUAGUCGUCAUUUAAAUUAUUACUUAUAAAUUGGUUAUUUCCAAUUAAUUUCUGAUUCCCCUUACUCUCCCAUUUGUUUCUUUCGGUAUUCAAUAUUCUAGAAUAGAUUUGAUAUAAAAGAAAAUAAUUCUUACUCUUUUUUUGAGCAGAAAUUUUGUUUGCUGAAUUGAUGACAAAAAGGUAUAUCCCUGUUUUCACCUAUUCAAUUUCAUAUGCCUCUUUGUUUUGGGGGCAUUACUCAAGUUUCCGUUUUUGUAUAAAGAUAUUUUGUAAAACAGAAUUACCUCAAAGUGCUUAAUUAUGUAUAUGAUGACUGAUUUUAACCUCAGCGUAUCCAUCUUCUGGGGAGAAAUCUCUCAUUUCUCUCAAAGUUUUUUUUUUUUUUUUUAAUGAUUGUUAAAUAUGUUAAAAUUGUUGCUUCUACCUCACAUUUUUAAAAAAAAAUUAUUACUUGAAGUUUUUAUUAAAUAAAUUGUUUUCUGCA